UGCAAACUUCACAAUCAAGUCACAAUCUCAAGUAGCACUCGCUCUUCCUGUCCAAAGAUAUCAACCCAAAGCCACCACCAAUUUAAGCGGAACCGCACAACGAAAAAUGGGCCGACCUGAAACUAUGCGAGUCCGUGGCGUCGAGGCGUCGGACGCCCUUGAUUUCUCGGGCAAGACGACUUACGGCGACUUUCGAGAUGAUCUUGUGAGGGACGGUUUCGCCGUGGUCAAGGCCAUGUCACCCGAAAAAGCCGCUCAGCAUGCGAAUGCGUUCCACACUUACAUGGAAGACUUCGGCUUCGGCUACAAGAAAGACGAUCCGACUACCUGGAAGACGGAGAACUUGCCCGUCAUCAACGAGAAAGGCAUGAUCAUGCACUACGGUGUUAGCCACGAGGACUGGGUUUGGCGAGUCCGUUGCGAGCCCGGUGUCGUUGGCGCCUUCGAGAAGGUCUAUGGUACCGAUGAUCUGAUCGUAUCGUUCGACAUCGUCAACGUUCAAUGGCCCAACCGCAAAGAUGCUCCUGCCAACAAGAGGUGGGCUCACCAGGACCAAGACCCAGAAAGGCCUGGAUUCCGUUGCCUGCAAGGUCUAGUCAACCUGAACCCGAACGGGCCGGACGAUGGUGGUCUGGUCGUCAUGCGCGGAGGCCACAAGAUCUCUGAGGAAUAUCACAACACCUUCAGAGAUGAAGAGCGCAUUUGGCAAUGGACGAACGAGUGGUACGGCUACAAGGACACCGGUCUCGCUUGGCUCAAGGAACGCGGAUACGAGUUUGAGAAAGUCGAUGCCGAGCCUGGUGACUUGAUCCUCUGGGACUCUCGAGUUCCCCACUACAAUGUCGCUCCCAAGGGCAACAACGUCCGCAUGGCCGUCUACACUUGCUUUGCGCCCGCUUCCACUGCGACCGAGGAGGACUUGCGAAAGAAGAAGGAGGCCUUUGAAGCUGGUGUCGGUUCGAGCCACUGGCCGCAAUGUCUUCAGAGCGUCAAGUGGACCGCUACCAGACCCGAUGGAACCGUCUGUCCUGCCAACCGAGACGGUCCCAAAGAGCGACCGAAGCUGAAUGAGCGAGAGUUCAAGCUCACCGGGAUCCCCUACAUCAGGGCUUCGGCCUGAGCUUUACGUACCCCGCCUGCUUGUCCAUCUAGUUCUGAAACGAAAGCUAGUACCAUGUCACUCGAUGUAACCAUGUAUGUAAACUUGACAAAGACUCAACUCCUCAACCCAUGAGACUGGGACGGUUGAUAGCAA